AUGGUCGACAACUCGACCCCACAAGUUCAACCGAACCCGACCCCAAACGGGCCAAACCCAAAUCCAACCAUAGACCAAGAAGUCACAGAAACAACCGACGACCAACGACAAAAAGAAGCCCUGGCAGCUUUCACAGCAACACUCCUCUCAGUCGGCACAAAUCUCGAAGCUCCGCUCCGCGACCGCGCAGCAAAUAUCCAAUCCAACGCUGUCGCGCUGGAAAGACAAGAGGCAGAGCUAGCGGAGAAUACGCAGCGGCUGGCGCGACAGAAUCAACAGUGGGUCGGGCUUGCGGAUGAGACGCGCGAGGGGUUGAAGGAGAUUGGGGAUGUGCAGAACUGGGCGGAGAUGAUUGAGCGUGAUUUGCUGGCUUUGGAGGAUAUGAUGGAUGAUGUUGAAGGGGGUCAGGGGCCUGCCAAAGGUUGGUUGCGAUGGUGA